AUGUAUGAUUACCGAUAUGUUUUUGCUGUCAAUAUAUUUUUGUUAUUGAAAUUAUUCGAUGCUCAAAUUUCUGCAACAAUCUCGGAAAGUUUUGUAACAGGAUGUUUUCUUCCCAUAUAUCAUCGUGGCAUUUCAAAUUCGGAACCUAUUGCUGAACUGUGGAGAGUUGAUGUUAUUGACUGUCUUUCUUAUUGCAUUACUAAUGCUCCAGAAAAUGAAGAUAGAUGUAGUUCGGUGGUUUACCAUCGGUAUUUUUCUACUUGUCAACUUUAUAGUCAUGAUGGUACUUUACAUGGUUCACAAAUUGUCUACGCAUCUGGACAUGAUUAUUACAAUCGAACAAGUUAUAUAGUUGAACGUGAAAUUAGAAAGCACGAAGCAGCAAAGGUAGUAAAAGAAGCAAGUGAAAUUCCAAACACAUUCUUAAAUGAUGAUGAACAAAAAAAUGAAACAGAAGAUAAUGCUGAAUGGUCCGUUUUUGCUUUUCUGAAUCAGAAUGUAGCGUUUGCAACUUGUCAACCAGAUGAAGUGAUAGGAUAUUUAGUCUUUACUGGAUAUGAAUCUAUAUCCAAAGGUCAUCCUCAUUUAUUGCAUGGAAUUGAACAAACUGAUGCAAAUGGUAACAGUUUUCCGUGUAAUUCAGUAAAUUAUAAUCCAAUACAAGAAAUAUGCGAACUUUAUAGCAGUGACUUGAAAAGCAAAAAUGGUUUAACGCAUUUAAUGAAGAAAGAAGGAAGUAUUUUUGCCGAUAAAAUUUGCUUAGCAGUAUCAUCGAGAUUUAGACGAUCUUGUCAGCAAGAAGCUAUGUUUUUUACUCAUCCUGGAAAAAAAAUUACAAAAGCAAUUAUUGACUACUCUAAUGGUACUAUUUCCAUCGGUCACUGUAUUGCUAUAUGCAUUAAUAGUUUUCAUUGUCAGUCCGUUACGUAUAAAAAUGGUUUAUGUGUUUUACAUGAUGUUGACGUAAUCAGUGAUCCUGCAUCAAUGGUUGAUGCUACUCAAGAUAGCUAUGUGAUUCAAAAUGGUUGCGUUGCUCCCAUGACAUCUGAGCAAAAUGCUGAUGAAAAGAUUGAAAAUAACAAGUGGAAUGCAUGGAGCGAUUGUAAGUUUGGUAUAGAUGGUGAACGAGUACGAGUACGUAGUCGCGAAUGUGGUAAAGCAGACUGUACUGAUUUACAAGUACAAAAUUGCUUUUGA